AUGCCUAUCCAAUAUACCUGCAUGGGGAGGCCUGUGACGCUCCAUAUGCCUCCGAGGAGAUUCCAGGCCGUCUUCAUCAUCCUCAUCUUUCUCGUUUUCAAUCUAGUCUUCUACGGGCCACCAUCGCGCAAAAGCAUACCUACCUACGACCAAGUAGCCGACGCCGUCAAGCACCCGCAAGCACACGUUCCUGACCUUGGCCAACUCCCAUCUGUGCCCAAUCCAUUCGGCCCUUCCCCUCACAAGCCGCCCGUUCAGGCCAACAGCACUGCUGCUAGUGCAUACGGAGCUAUAGAAUGGCUGAGUGACUUCAAGUGGCGGAACCCUUUCUCGUCUUCUGUGACUCUCGACGAGAACAGAGCCUUGCUGCCUCCUCUCCGCGAACGACCGCCCAUUUACACCUACUAUGAUGUGCCCAAGAAGCAGGACAAGGACGUAUCGGCUGCUGAGCAAAGGCUUCUUUUGGCAUGGCGAAGGGCGUGGUGGGCACAGGGUUUCAAGCCCGUAGUGCUAUCCCGCGAUGAAGCUAAGCGCAACCCGCUCUACCAAAUCUUCCAGCGCCUAAAGUUAGAUCCAAAAAUUGAAUUCGAGGUCAUGCGCUGGUUGGCAUGGGGGCAUAUGAAAGGCGGUGUUCUCGUCAAUUGGCUUGCUCUGCCCAUGGCCGAGUACGAAAACCCCAUGCUGAACUUUUUGCGACGCAACGAGUAUCCCAAGUUGUCGCGCGUCCAGUCCCUCGAUAAUGCCAUCUUUUUCGGCGAGCAAAUAGCUGUCGACAAUGCUAUCAAGAAGCUUGCCGAUAAUCAGCUGUUGAAGAAUGUUACGGCCAACAAGGACAAGUUGACCAAGCUGGCCAACAAGGAGGGGGGGCCAGUCGUGAACCUUCUGGCUUCGGCAGAUGUGGCAGUGGAUGUCAAGGCUGACGGUAUUGCGUCUUAUAGUACCGCUACCAUUUCUAGCAAGUAUAAGACCAUUGCCGACAAGCUUACCAACACGACCAAAGCGGAAGCGCUUACUCUGCUUGAAAGUCUCAUCAACUCGCAUCUUCAUCUUACAUGGCAAGAGCAACACCCAGAAGGUGUAACAAUCGUGAAGCCAGUGCCGGAACACACGACUGCGCUCAUGUUUGAAGCCACUAAUAUUGCACGCAAUCUCACGCAAUGCCCAGCUUCUCCAAUGCCCAAGACGUGCCCGCCCAAUCGGCCAAAAUGCAAGCCAUGUGAUGCCAACAAGGCGAUGAAACUCCAAAUUUUCCCAGAAUUUGUCAACACUACCAAGUUCUUCACAAUCGGUACUGUGCCUCAUCCAUACACGCUUACUUCGUUGCAUUACACACGGGACACAAUCGAUAGUAACUUCCUACGUAACAAUGCCGAGCGCGAUCUCUGGAUCCGGAAGUUGACCGACAAGUCUGUCCCAGGAGACCAUACUGAGGAGAUUCGCGUGCUAAGGUUCAAAGAGCUCGUGGCAGCCAUCCCUGCUCAUUCACUGUGGUUGACGGCUGAACGCAUUACUCAAGAUGAUCUCGACUGGGUCUUUGGUUUUGGCCUCCCCCAGAUGGCAUCCACUACCGCUGAACCUAGCUCGCCGAGCAAGGAGUCCGAGCUUAUCAUCUUUCCUCGCCCAGGACCUCCCAAGCCCAUUCAAAGCAUCGACAUACCCGAUGACAAGUGGGUCGAAAAGGAACAAGAACGCCUCAACAAAGCUCGCGAUGCCAUCAAAAGCAAGGAUAGGAACAUGAAGAAGAUUGUGGGAGCAGUAGAGCAAUGGAACUUGGCCGAUACAGAGGCCUGGAGGUUUUCUAGGGCUUAUUCUGCCAGAAGACGACAGGAGAGAAAGAAAUGGGAGGAAGAGGAGGCCAAAUACUCGGGCAGUGAGAAGAAGGCCGGUGUCAGGCCUGGAUCAGGUGGAGGAAGAUGGAUUGACAAGAACUGA